CGCAUGCUCCGGAAUCUCAUCCUCUGGCCCUGGAGCUGCUGCUGCUGCUGCUGCUGCUGCUUUUGCUUUUGGGGCUGAGUUUAAUAAGCGAGCGAGCCAGCGAGCGAGCAGGCGAACGCGGGGGGAAAAAGGCAGAGAAUGUCCGCCAUCUACCCUCCGCUCCUGGGCGCGCUCUCAUUCAUAGCAGCGUCUUCAUGAAUUACAGCUGAGGGGGGCGGGGGAGGGGGGUACCACACAACACCCCAGCAAACCUCCGGGCCCCCAGGCAUGGCUAGCUCGUGUGCCGUGCAGGUGAAGCUGGAGCUGGGGCACCGCGCCCAGGUGAGGAAGAAACCCACCGUGGAGGGCUUCACCCACGACUGGAUGGUGUUCGUGCGCGGCCCGGAGCACAGUAACAUACAGCACUUUGUGGAGAAAGUCGUCUUCCACUUGCACGAAAGCUUCCCUAGGCCAAAAAGAGUGUGCAAAGAUCCACCUUACAAAGUAGAAGAAUCUGGGUAUGCUGGUUUCAUAUUGCCAAUUGAGGUUUAUUUUAAAAACAAGGAAGAACCGAAGAAAGUUCGCUUUGAUUAUGACUUAUUCUUGCAUCUUGAAGGCCAUCCACCAGUGAAUCACCUCCGUUGUGAAAAGCUAACUUUCAACAACCCCACAGAGGACUUUAGAAGAAAGUUGCUGAAGGCAGGAGGGGACCCUAACAGGAGCGUUCAUACCAGCAGCAGCAGCAGCAGCAGCAGCUGUAGCAGCAGCAGCAGCAGUAGCAGCAGCAGCAGCAGCAGCAGUAGCAGCAGCAGCAGCAGUAGCAGCAGUAGCAGCAGCAGCAGCAGCAGCGGCAGCAGUACCAGUUUUUCAAAGCCUCACAAAUUAAUGAAGGAGCACAAGGAAAAACCUUCUAAAGACUCCCGAGAAUAUAAAAGUGCCUUCAAAGAACCUUCCAGGGAUCACACCAAAUCUUCCAAAGAAUCUUCUAAGAAACCCAAAGAAAAUAAACCACUGAAAGAAGAAAAAAUUGUUCCGAAGAUGGCCUUCAAGGAACCGAAACCCAUGUCCAAGGAGCCCAAACCAGACAGUAACUUACUCACGAUCAGCAGUGGACAGCAAGAGAAAAAGGCUCCUAGUAAAAGGCCCCCCAUUUCCGAUUCUGAAGAACUCUCAGCGAAAAAAAGGAAAAAGAGUAGCUCAGAGGCUUUAUUUAAAAGUUUUUCUAGCGCGCCGCCACUGAUACUCACUUGUUCUGCUGACAAAAAACAGAUCAAAGAUAAAUCUCAUGUCAAGAUGGGAAAAGUCAAAAUUGAAAGUGAGCCAUCAGAGAAGAAGAAAUCAACGUUGCCACCCUUUGAUGAUAUAGUGGAUCCCAAUGAUUCCGACGUGGAGGAGAAUAUGUCCUCCAAAUCUGAUUCUGAGCAACCCAGUCCUGCCAGCUCUAGCUCCAGUUCCAGCUCCAGCUUCACACCAUCCCAGACCAGGCAACAAGGUCCUUUAAGGUCUAUAAUGAAAGAUCUGCAUUCCGAUGACAAUGAGGAGGAAUCAGAUGAGGCAGAGGAGAAUGAUAAUGACUCUGAAAUGGAAAGGCCUGUAAAUAGAGGAGGCAGCCGUAGUCGCAGAGUUAGCUUGAGCGAUGGCAGUGACAGUGAAAGCAGUUCUGCUUCUUCAUCCCUACAUCAUGAACCCCCACCACCCUUACUAAAAACCAACAACAACCAGAUUCUUGAAGUGAAAAGUCCAAUAAAGCAAAGCAAAUCAGAUAAACAAAUAAAGAAUGGUGAAUGCGACAAGGCAUACCUAGAUGAACUGGUAGAGCUCCACAGAAGGUUAAUGACGCUGAGGGAAAGACACAUUCUGCAACAGAUUGUGAACCUUAUAGAAGAAACUGGACACUUUCAUAUCACAAACACAACAUUUGAUUUUGACCUUUGCUCGCUGGACAAAACCACAGUUCGUAAACUACAGAGUUACCUGGAAACAUCUGGAACAUCCUGAGGAUACAACAACUGGAUGCAUCAAAAAACUAUUGUUUUGGUGGUUUGGUUUUUGUUUUUUUUUUUGGUUGUGAUUUUUUUAUUUGUUUAUAUGAAAACACUCAAUGAUGCAACCAAAAGGGAAAAAAAUAAAAAUCGAACAACUUUCAGCUUUAUUUUUCUUUAAAGCCAGUCAUCAUCUCUUGAUAAAGGAGAGGUUAAGCAAACCAGCCUCAGUGGACCACUCUUCUCUCCAAGGAAAUCCCCGGGAAGAGUUAGCCUGGAUAGCCUUGAAAACAAACAAAUCAAACACAACACAAGAAAACUUAAAGAAUGUGUAUGGUAUCAUGUAUCUCUCUGUGGUGGUUCAUUCCACAGGACGAAUGCAUAUUCAACACACUGCCUUAUUACAUAACUGAUCUAUUUAUUGUCGCAUACAGAUAUUCUAAAGUCGUUGAGGGAAUGACCCCACAAGACAUUAUAAAUACUUGGUCCCGUGGAUGCUCUUUCAAUGCAGCGCCCUUGCCAUCCCAAGCCCAAUGACCUUACUCGUAUACCGUGCCACUCUCCACCAACUUUUUCCAAGUCCUUUAACUUGUUGCAGUCUCUGUAUUUUCCACCUUUUGUUUUUCCAACUUCCAGGACACAAAUUCUCAACUGGGGGGACCAAAUAGCCGCCCUGAUUUUCUUCUUUGUGAUCUUUUUAUUGAAAGUUGGGGCCCACAACUUGGCUGUAUCCAUAUAAUGAUCUUGGACCAUGGUAGAAAAUGCACCAAAUAGGAUCAUACGAAUUGCUGUCUAGCCUUAGUCAAUAAACCUGUAGGACUUUGAAACAAGUGUACCUGUAAAUGUCCUGCAUCCAUAUUGUUGAGCUGUCGUCACAUUUCAAUUCUUGUGUCUGUUUUAUGGUUAUACUAGAUAAACAUGGAAGAAAAGGCAUUCCACAGGAUCCUUAUUUUUCAAAAAAGGAAUUCUGGUUCUGUUUUCUAAAGAAAUGUUGUAGAAAUUCUUUACUUGGGCCUAUUUAUUAGUAAGAGUUUCAGCUUUCUCUGGCUGUCAGUGUUUUAUUAUUCAUCUUUACCAUAAAACCUGGAAUGAGAGAUUUCUGUUUAUUCACAUAUGAUCCUCAUGGACAUUUUUUUAUAUUUGGAAAGUUUUAAUCUUUCUUUGAGGAAAAAUUCUUGGUUAUUCUGCCAUAACAGAUUAUGUAUUAACUUGUAGAUUCAGUGAUUUCAAUACCUGCUUAGUCCCUUGCUUAUGUUUCCAGAAGGAUUUCUUGUAUUGGUGAAAAUAAAGAUGGUUUGGGGAGGGAGAUUUUUGUUCUUGAUGUACCCUGUUUUGAAAUUAGAAAUCUGUCCUGUGGCAUGCAAAAGAAAGCAAAUUAUUUUUAAAAGAAAAAAAAACAACCAAAGUACUUUUGGUGUCAUUAUUCCAUCCUCUCCAUAAAUGGAGAAAUACAAAGUGGGAACAGCAGCUCAUCUUCCAAGUUUUUGCUAGGAACUCAACGGAAAAGAAAAGAAAUGAAGAAAUACUUCUGGAUCCAAAGGUUCAUUCACUGGAUCAGCCUUAAGAAAGUCUCUAUGUGUGCUAAUAGACCAGUAUCUCCCUUGUUUAUUCUCAUGCCAGAUGCUGUCUUUUCAUACAGAGAUUAACUAGUGUCUGUACAGAAAAUGGUCUUUCCAGACCCAUUCUUUUGGGUAGUAAUGUAAAUGCAGACUGAAAUGAAGUUUUUUCUGCAUUUUAAAAAGGGGAUUUUUUUAACAUUGUUUCUUUCUAUCCAAAGACGCUAUUUUUUCCUUUAACAGAAUUAUAAUACAGCCAUGCUCCGUGUAAAUUACUUCUCUGAAGUGUCCUUGCUGAGGACAACUGUACUUUUUCAAUAAUGUUAUGACUCUUGAUGAUUGGCAUGAACCGUACUUGAAGCAUUUGUUGUGUAGUCCACUGCUAAAUGUUUAAUUACAAAGAGUAUUUCUGAAUCAUUUUGGACAUUAAGUGACUGAUGAAUUGUGUGGUUUUAGUUGUGUUUUGUUAUUAACUCUACAGGUGAAAGGGGAGGGCAAUGCUUGUAUGGAAUUAUUUGCAAAAUUUAAAAAUCUUUUAAAACUUCUAACUGCUAAUUCACAUAUUCUAAUUAAGCCAGAAGUGUAUGUGGUUUAACUAAAAUGUCUGUGUAGUUUAGCUAGGAAUGUACAUAUGUUAUUUGGGCCAUUUUAUUUUUGUAAUAAGUUGUGUGGCAAAAACUAUGAUAUGGCAAUGUAAAGAUUCUUUUAUUCCUUAGGUUACUAACCAAGAAACUGUAAGACAUAGAAAUGAUCAAGCAAGGAAGAAUAAUGCAGAAGAGACACCUAUUGCAAUGAUGAACUUUAGACCUAAAAUUUAGGAACUAAAAAAGAAGGUAUCUUUAGAAUAUCUCAGAAUUUAAGUCUGUAAAUUGAUAACAGAAUUCAGGAAAACAUCAUCCUGCUACUCAUCAAGACAGCAAGACAUGCGUUUUUCAUGAAAUUUCAGUAGAGUAAAAGUUAUAUCAUGACUUUAGACAUCAUACUCUUUCUCUCAUCCAAUUUUUAACCACAGAAAUAACAAAUUCCCUUUUGAUUAAUUUCAAAUAGUUAAACCUGAAAGUAGCUCAUACAGAUCUGUCACCUUUAUAUACACUCACUUUUGAAACCUGUUGAAAAAUAUUUAGGCACAUGUAUAUCCUACUAGUGACUUUGAUUUUUAAGCACAAAGGAUAAAUGGCAGGGUUUAAUUUCUUUGGUAUAUGAAUAUAAUAUUUCAAAUAAAAUGAAUUGGAUGAGUGUGCCUCUGAUUUGAGCCCACCAGAGUAUGAUAAGCUUUCCUUAAAAUUUCCCCCAAUAAUUUGAGGGGCUGAAAUGUUUGUACAGAACUUUUCUUUUUCCUUCUAAAUUAGCUUUUACCUCUAGUUUUGCAGCAAUAUAUAUAUAUAUGAGAGGGGAUGUUUCUAGCAGGAUAUAGCGGUCAAGUUAAUAUGAAUGUACACAGUUAUAUCAUGUUUUCAUCAUAAUCCACUGCUCUGUGUAAACAAAUGUGUAUGUCUAUAUAUGCUUGCAUAUUAUGUCAAAAUAGAAACACAGUAAAACUGGAGAUCAGGAGACACAAAUGCUAGAAGACAAAAAUUGAAUAUUUUAAGCAUGUUUAAAUUGCUUAGAAAAUCUCUAAUCUGAACAUCUACCCACCUUUUUGUGGAAAGAGCCAAUAAAAUUGGUUAUCUUUCACUAAAGUUUUUUCCCAGCAGAAAAAGGUUUUGCUCAUAUCUUUUGCGAAUCCACCUUACAAAGUCCAUAUAGGUCUGCAACAUCCCAAGUAUGGUUUCAAGCCCCACACAUAUUAACAGGUUUUCAUACUUGUUCAAGAGAGAUGUGACUCUUACAUAUUUUAACUCUACCUAUGUAAUGGAGUUGGAUGUUUAGUGUUGGAACUGUUCAGUGUUUGUGUUUGGUGGCUUGUGUUCAUUUUUCUCACCGUGGAAGUGAUCAGCGCUGAAGUAGCUUGCUGUAUGCUUAUUGCUUUCCACCUUUAGCGUUUUGUAUACAAAUGCAUACACAUUCAUACAUUAUAAUCUUGCUUUGAACUGUUGCUCUAAAUUCAUGACUAUGAUAAAGACUACUACAGCUGCUUAGUUUAGUCUUGGGCUGGAAGUCUACAUCUUUGGACCUCUUUUGCUUUGUAUGAUGCUUUUUAUGGUAGGCACUACCAUCCCUGAAUAUUACUUGUAAAGAUGCAUCAAAGUCAAUAUAAAAGGAAGACAAAGCCACCACUGUCUGUAAACUGUAAAUAUGUAUUUUGGCGCUUGUACUCCAGUAUUCUGAAAAUAGUUAUGAUGGAAAUGCUGACAGAUCCUUUAUGGUGGCCAGAGCUACCAUGCAGUGCAAAAAUAAAUUAAGUAAAAAAUGUAUUCUUGAGAUUAACAAUGCAAGGCCAAUACGUUUUAUAAAUCUGUCAGUAUCUUUUUUAAAUGGAGUGUGUAUGUGUAGUUCUGUUGAAAGAUACACUGUGUAUGUAUGUGUAGAUACUACUAUGUGAACUGCAAGGCAUUCGUAAGAUGUAUUUCCCGUCUCGAAAACACAUGUUGAAAUGUAAGUACAGAUUGACAGAAAUAGGUGUUUUACUUAAAUUUAUAUCUAAUCUAUUGUGGUUCCGUUUUCUUUACAAUAUAUAGUCUUACUGA